UCUUCUUGGUCUGGAUAUUUGAAGACCAAGUAAGAACUUUAUAAAAUGGGCAGGGUGAUGGUGGCUGUUCAGAUGUAUCGAUGGUUUGCAGCUUCAAGUUUGCAAUCUUUAAAAAUAGAAUGGUAUAUCCACUGGGCAAUUUCAAAAGAUUCAUAGCUGACUCCAAAGGCUUCUCAGGUAUUAUUCUUUCUGAAAACGAGUUCCCAUCCUCUCUAUAGCACUUGAUCUCAUUCCCUUUUAGUGUCCUUGUGAAGAGCCAGUUCUCCCCAGAGACAGUUCCACUCCAGAAGCACUUCGUUUAAAGGGACUUACGAAGCCAGACGAUGCCCAUAGACCUGGGGCAGGCCCUAGGCCUGCUGCCAUCACUGGCAAAGGCUGAGGACUCUCAGUUCUCUGGACCAGAUGCUGCCCUUCAAGAGGAGCUCUCCAGCCCUGAGACCGCACGCCAGCUUUUCAGGCAGUUUCGUUACCAGGUGAUGUCUGGGCCACAUGAGACCCUGAGACAACUUCGAAAGCUGUGUUUCCAGUGGCUGCGGCCAGAGGUUCACACCAAGGAGCAGAUCCUGGAGAUCCUCAUGUUGGAGCAAUUUCUGACUAUUCUGCCUGGGGAGAUCCAGAUGUGGGUUCGGAAACAGUGUCCAGGCAGUGGAGAAGAGGCAGUAACCCUUGUGGAGAGUUUGAAGGGAGAUCCCCACAGAUUGUGGCAGUGGAUCAGCAUCCAAGUUUUAGGACAGGAAAUCUCAUCAGAGAAGACGGAAUCUCCAAGCUGCCAAGUGGGGGAAGCAGAGCCCCGUCUCAUAGUGGUACCUCAGGAGUUGGAACUUCAGAGUUCACCCUCAGGGCCUGGGGAACUUCUAAGCCACAUCGUGAAAGAGGAAUCUGAUGUGGACCCAGAAUUAGCUCUGGCUGCUUCCCAGCUUCCUGCAUGGCCCGAGGACCGACCCAUCAGAGACCAGGACUUCACGGCCUCGCUUCUCCCAUCAGCACCCCAGGAGCAGUGGCGACACCUGGAUUCUACUCAAAAGGAGCAGUACUGGGAUCUCAUGUUGGAGACCUAUGGGAAAAUGGUCUCAGGAGCAGGCGUAUCCAAUUCCAGAGCUGACCUGACUAAUUCCACAGAAUUUGGGGAAGAGCUGGCAGGAUUGCACCUUCAUGUCAGUGAGAAGCUCCCGAGACCUACUUGCAUAGGAGGUAAACAAGAGAAUGACAAAGAGAACCUAAACUUGGAAAAUCACAGGAACCAGGAGCCUGUGGAUGCCUCCUGUCAGACCUCGGGAGGGGCACCUUCCCAGGCUUCCUUGAGGGGCUUCUUCAACGAGGAUGAGCCAGGAUGCUUUGAAGAAGGAGAGACUCUCCCUGAGGCUCCAGAAAACCUUCAGGAUAAGGGGACAGGGGGACAGCUCUCCUCUCAAGAAAGGAAUUCUGGGAAACAAUUAGGUCAGCAUUUGCCUAAUUCUCAUCCAGAACCGCCUACUAUGUGGCUUGAGGAGAAGAGAGAAGCCUCCCAGAGAGGACAGCCGAGAGCCCCCAUGGCCCAGAAGCUCCCCACCUGCAGGGAGUGUGGGAAAACCUUUUAUAGGAAUUCUCAGCUUGUUUUUCACCAAAGAACUCACACUGGAGAGACAUACUUUCAGUGCCCCAUCUGCAAAAAAGCCUUUCUGCGGAGUUCAGACUUCGUGAAGCAUCAGAGAACUCACACGGGGGAGAAGCCCUGUAAGUGCGAUUACUGUGGGAAAGGCUUUAGUGACUUCUCAGGAUUGCGCCACCAUGAGAAAAUCCAUACAGGAGAGAAACCCUAUAAAUGCCCCAUCUGUGAGAAAAGUUUUAUUCAAAGAUCAAACUUUAAUAGACAUCAAAGGGUUCACACAGGAGAGAAACCUUAUAAAUGUUCCCACUGUGGGAAAAGUUUCAGCUGGAGCUCAAGCCUUGACAAACAUCAAAAAUCCCACUUAGGAAAGAAGGCCUUUCAAUAGCCAGUACCCAGACUUUCUUAGCCCAUGUCUGUUUCCCAGUCCCUUGAAAAAAUUACUCAGCUCCACUUGAGGAAUUGUGUCUCUGAGAGGAAAUCCCUGUUCUCUUUUUUUUUUUUAUGGAUUGGAGAGAAGAGAACUUGGACAUGGUCUUGGACUUAGAGGAUAUAUUGAAUUGGAUUUUGUGAUGGUUAAUUCCUUGGUUGUACAUCAGGAGAAAGAAUACUUUUCAUAUUUCAGCCCCUCUUUCCUUUUGGACUGAUGGAAAAAUGUCUUCAAUUGGAGAUCCAAUUUUAGAAAUGCUAUCUGGAAGGCAUUUAGGUGGAUUAGCUACAAUCAUUGCUCAUAGAAAGACCCUCAGAUCAGUCCUUUAGAACUGGGUUCUAGAGCAGUCCUGUUAGAGAAAGGGAGAAGAAUAACGGGCCAGUGAGCUUGUGUGUUCUUUGUCAUACGGGUGAAAAAUUACCUUCAGGUGCCCCUUCUUUGAAAUAAAUUUUUCAGCAUCACUUCUUAU